GUAACACGGUAGAAACUUCUGGAACACCAGUCCUUUUCAUUCCUACGAAGGUCGAUUAGACACAGACACAUUAGCUACUGUACUGAGUCGCUUUCUUCAAAUACGAAGGAGUUUUCUUGUUAUAUUUCACUAGCUAGCUUUAUCAAUUGAAAAUGCCAAGAGGAAGCAGAAGCCGGACGUCAAGGAUGGCCCCUCCAGCCAGGAUGGCCCCACCUCCCAUGGCCAGGGCUUCACCCCCUCCAUCCUACGCCCCAGUGCCCGCCCGUGCCCCUCCGUCCGCCAUGGCAGCCCCAGCCGCCGCUGCUCCCCGGCAGCCAGGCAUGUUUGCGCAGAUGGCCACCACAGCCGCUGGGGUAGCUGUUGGCUCAGCUGCAGGGCACAUGAUCGGCCACGCAAUGACCGGAGGAAUGGGUGGGGGUGGAGGAAGCCAGGAGGCUGCCAAGCCUGAUGUUACCUACCAGGAGCAGCCCCAGCAGUACCAGCAGCAGUAUCAACAGCCACCUCCCAUGUACCAGCCAGCCCAGUAUCAGCAGCAGCCCCAGUCUAUGUUCCAGCAGGAGCCUGCCCCUCAGCAGGGAACCUGCUCCUACGAACUCAAGCAGUUUAUUGAGUGUGCACAGACCCAGAGCGACCUGAAACUCUGUGAGGGCUUCAGCGAGGUGCUCAAGCAGUGCAAGUUCUCUAAUGGGAUGUCCUGAGAGGGAGACGAACAACCCCAUCAAUGCUGAACAGACAACAUACACACAAUACUACUAAACAGUCAUUUGUUUUGGCAGUUGAUCAAAUAACUGUUAAUCAUGUAUGGACAAUAAAAGCAUUUCUCAUGUUGAUGCUGUGAAGCUUGUAAUAAUAGUCUUAUGUAUAUGUUUAUAUUUUUGGGUUUGUUGCAAGUUGUUUAAUUUGAAAUAAAUUACACGUUUGAUUGGCUUUAGUGCUUAAACCUGGGGUGUAUUCAUUACGUCUUGCAACAAACUGUUUACAUUUAAGAACCAAAUGGAAGCAAAUGAAACUGGGAGAGACCUACCUGAAUUUGUCCAAUAGAAACUCGUUUUAGUUGCAAAACAUUUUCUGUUUGUUGGAAACGGUUUGCUACAGAAUCGGUGUAAUGAAUACACCCCUGUUGUAAAUUAACCUCAUCCCUAGGCUCAGCCGGCUGGGGAUGAGAUUAGUUAUAAAUCUACUUGAAGUAUUUUAAAGGUGAUAUUCCCUCAUAGCCUGGUUAAACCAGACUGAAAAUAGCAAGUGAAAUCAGUUAGGAUGCCAGGCUAACUCCCUCAUAGAUCACAAUGUAAACUUCAUUGUUGGUAGAUAUUCCCUUGGUCCACCCAUUUCCAUCAUAUCUGGAUUAGGGUUGUACAAUCGCAAUUUGCUUGUAACAAGCAUAUGAUCUAAUAAAGCUCAUUUGAAUCACA